UGUGACUGACCAGCGGUGCGUAAACGCUUAAUAUCUUAGCAUCUUCUUACACACUUGGGAAGAAAAAAUAACCAUGUAAACAUUUUGUAUAUAUAAUUUUGAGCUUUUCAACCAGGGUUGGAUUGUUUUCAUCCCGAGAGAGCUGUAGGGGGAGGAACGUAAAGAGGUGUUUACCAGGAAGAGUUGGUGACGAUCUGUGUGUGAGAGCCACCAUCAAGAGCCGGAAAAACAUACUUGGGUCUUUCAUUGCUGCUUUUUUUUCAGUUUUGUUCUUUUACACGAUUAACGGCGAAAAUCUGCCACACAUGGAGCCUCACCAGAUGUGUAUGGUAUUAGAAUAAAGUGCUUUUGAGACUCGAUGAUCAUUGUGAUGAAGGAUCGACUUCCUGAGCUGACUGCUAGCAGAACACCGCUGGAGGAAGAUGUUGCAGUCUCUGUAGACCGAGAUGGCUUCAUGGAGGGUUUUUUCAGGAGGGUGGAGGAAGUUAGAGGACUCAUUGAUAAGAUUUCCCAUCAAGUAGAAGAGGUGAUGAAGAUGCACAGCAUGAUCUUGUCUGCACCCCACUCAGAUGAAAGAACAAAGGAUCAACUCAAUGCGCUGACCAAUGACAUCAAAGGCAACGCCAACGUGGUGCGGACAAAAUUAAAAUCCAUCGAGCAAAGCAUGCCUAAAGACGACGCAGUUAACAGAGCCACUGUUGACUUCAGGAUCCAGAAAACACAGCACACCGUGCUGUCCAGGAAGUUUGUGGAAGUAAUGACCCAGUACAAUGAGACACAAGUUUCCUUUCGGGAGAGAAGCAAAGGGCGGAUCCAGAGACAACUGGAGAUAACUGGAAGAGUGACAACUAAUGAAGAACUGGAAGACAUGCUUGAAAGUGGAAUUCCAUCCAUCUUCACAUCUGAAAUAAUUUCUGACUCUCAGAUUACACGUCAGGCGGUAGAUGAGAUAGAGUCCCGACAUCAGGAUAUCAUACGGCUGGAAUCAAGCAUAAGAGAGUUACAUGCAAUGUUCAUGGACAUGGCAAUGCUGGUUGAAACUCAGGGUGAAAUGGUCAACAACAUUGAGAACAAUGUUUCCAAUGCAGCUGAAUACAUUUUUCGGGCUAAAGAAGAAACCAAAAAAGCAGUGCGAUACCAGAAAAAGUCCCGUAGGAAAUAUAUCAUCCUUGCCUUUGCUCUGCUGAUCCUGCUUGCUGUCAUUGCUUUGAUUGUUGGCUUAUCCGUUGGUUUAACCAAACCUCCUGCUUGAGAACUACUACGAUAACCGCAUGAGAUGCUCUGCCUUGCUGUGUGUGCGUGGAGCUGCAGGUGUCCUCAUUUUACUCAUUGCGCCUUCGGGUGAAGGAUUACAUAGGUCACAACCCCGGAGUAAUCUCUUGUUCCUGUAGUGAUAAAGCUUCCAAUAGCUUCAUCACACUACACUCAUCAUAACAUCAUUGCAGGGAGAAACAGAAUGAAUGAUAAGAUGUUCGGCCUGUCACCAUAACAAUAAUUUCUAGGAAAAUUAUCAUCUAGAAAAGUGUAGAGUGAAGAUCCCCAACACUCAUGCCAUUCAACUUCAAGACAAUAUACAACAAUUGUAAGUGAUGUGUGCCAGACUGUACAUUAAUGUCCUGCUGACUGUAAGACAACCAGGAAGCCAACACUUAAAACUAAAUGCUCCAUAUGCUCUCCUGAUAUUUUUGUAUAUGAAUUAUUUAUGUAAAACCAUGUAAACUGAAUGGAAGUACUAUAUCUCAGGACAUCAUUUGAUAGCUAUUUUAAAUUAAGGUUUUGUGUAAUAUUUUCCACUUGUGAUUGAACAUUAUCAUAUUCAUUAAACCACCACUUUAAUAUCUUAUCUACAAUAAAUUAUACAAUGAGCCUUCACUGUCCUUUU